GAUCUGGAUCCGAAGCCCUCUGCCCCCUCGUGAACGCGCCUCCCGCGGUGUGCACGAGCAGCGCUGUUUGUUUGUGUUGAGAGAUUGGAAAUGGCGGAGAGCAGAGACCAAAGCGAUAACUUGGCUUUGAAAACAUGAGUGCAUCAUCAUUGAGAGCGCGAAACCAAACACAAGUGAUUUUUUGAGUUUCUAAAGGCACGCGUCGACCGCUGGGAUAUACGUCGGACGAGGCCACGGAGGAUUUUAAAAGCGAGGUUUGGAUUUUGCGAGCUGCUUUAGCCUGCGAAGCUAACCGUGCUAGCAGAAGCAGCAACCUGGCGCUAGCUUAGCCACAAGUCGUGUGUGUGCUCCGAAACACGCAGGCUUGUUUGUCAACAUAAGCUGACGUUAAAUCGCUAGCCUCCGUGCUAACCUGCAACUUUUGGGGUUGUUUCUGAAGCGACACGUGUGGAUUAAUGACACGGACCUUGCCUACUGCUUGCUUUAAUACCUCACGGCGAAGUAACAGUGGAUAAAAGUAAAAACAUUUGAACUUAAGCUCGUUAGCGGGGGGGAGGGCUAACUGGCUGUCUUUACGCAGAGUCUACGCUGCAGUUUACAUGGGAAUUUUACUCUAAACCGCGUGACAUCCGAGGCCAAGAGUUCGCCCCGUGGAUUUUUAUUUGCACUCGGAGGAGGAACAGCAACGAGCGAGCUGUGUGGGCGCAGUGUCCACCUGGGAUGGUACGAUGUGAGCGGGCGGGCGACCAGCCUUGACCUGAGCCACGCCGUUCGCCCCUUGCCCUCUCAGCCUGGACCAGGCUACCACAGCUGCCCCAUGACUCCCACACUCCGGCUAUAGACCAAGCCAGUCAACGCUGAAAAUGAGUGCAGUCGGGGAAAGCCCCCUGGACCCGGCCACACCAGAGUCACGCAAGAGGAAGGGCUCGCCAUGUGACACGUCAGGCCAAAGUGUGGAGAAGCGGAGGCGGGAGCUGGAGUGCCGCUACAUCGAGGAGCUGGCCGAGCUGCUGUCGUCCAACAUGAGCGACAUCUCCAGCGUCAAACCGGACAAGUGUCACAUCCUCCAGAGCACCGUGGACCAAAUCCAGCAGAUCAAGCGGCGCGAGCAGGAGAAAGCAGCUCUUUUGUCUCCGGACGAUGAUGUGCAGAAGAGUGACAUCUCAUCCAGUAGUCAGGGGCUGAUGGAGAGGGAGGCGCUGGGGCCCAUGCUGCUAGAGGCCCUAGAUGGGUUCUUCUUCGUUGUCAACCGCGAGGGCCGCAUCGUGUUUGUCUCGGAGAACGUGACCAGUUACCUCGGCUACACACAGGAGGAGCUGAUGACCUCCAGCGUCUACAGCAUCCUCCAUCUGGGAGACCACAACCAAUUUGUGCGCAAUCUGCUGCCCAAAAGUCUUGUAAAUGGUGUGCCGUGGCCCCAAGAGCAAGGCCGGAGGAGCAGCCACACGUUUAACUGUCGCAUGUUGAAGAGGCCUCCGGACGAAGUGGACACGGAGAAUCAGGAGGCACGCCAGCAGUACGAGUUCAUGCAGUGCUUCACCGUGUCCCAGCCCCGCCCCCUGCAGGACGAGGGAGACGACCUCCAGAGCUGCCUGAUCUGUAUCGCCUGUCGAGUUCCCCGGCCACAGCCUGUCACUGAGUCCUUCAUCACCAAACAGGACCCUACAGGGAAGAUCAUCUCCAUAGAAACUAGUUCUCUACGAGCAACGGGACGACCAGGCUGGGAAGACCUGGUCAGGAAGUGCAUCUACGCUUUCUUCCAGCCGCAGGGCAAAGAGCCCUCCCACGCCAAGAAGCUGCUGCAUGAGGUGAUGACCCAUGGCACAGCUGUCAGUCCACUCUACCAUUUCACUCUGAGCGACGGCACCCCGCUCAGUGCUCAGACACGCUGCAAGUUCUGCUGCCCCCCCAACCCUGACGUUCAGCCCUUCAUCAUGGGCGUCCACACUAUUGACAGGGAACACAACACUGCUAGCUCUCAGGAAAACACUAACCCCAGCCUUCCACUGUCCCAGGACAGUAAUGCCCAAACGCCCUCUCGGUCCCCAGCCCUGCCCCCCAGCAGUAAUUCAUCCCAAGGCUCAGGCCUCACCACUUCGGGCCUUCACCCAAGCAACAGCAACGCCUCAUCGCACGUACAGAGCCCAGCCCCGCCCACUGGGCACUUGACGCCCAUUCGGACGCAGCAGGUCAACAGCCUCCCUUUGAGCAGUCCACUCACAGCCACCCCUACCUUUAUAUCGCCCCGGAUGCCACGGGCCAGUCCUGGGCUCGGGGGCAGCCCUCGAGUCCCAGGGAACCCUUUCUCUCCUUCCACAGCGGGUCUCCACUCUCCUGCAGGGGGCGGGAGCAGUGGUACCAGCGGUGGGACAGCGGCGGGGUUCUCCCUGUCCUCCCCUGUCCAGAGACAAGCGAGUACCCCUACUAACGCCUGCCCUCGCCCCUCAGAAGGAGCAGAUGUGGGGACAGAGGAUGCUGUCAGAACUAUUCCAUCUGCGUCCCCUUUGGGAAACCCUCGGCUCAACCAGCUCCUGGACAGUAAUGGGACAGGAGCUGAAACCAACAGCACCCACAACAGCUCAGCAGCUCCUCCCCACCCCGCCCCACAGUGCCCCGCCUCCCAUAGCACCCUGACAGAGAGACACAAGAUCCUGCACCGCCUGCUCCAGGACACAAGCCCCAACGAGUCCUCCAGCACAGCAGAGGACAGCCUUCACAGAGCUGAUGUGGAGAUCAAGAAGGAACCCCCUGCCAGCCCUGCCCUGGCCACCACCAAAUCCAGCUCCAAAGAGCCACAGGACCACCAGCUGCUGCGCUUCCUCCUGGACACAGAUGAGAAGGAUUUGGGAGACUUGCCGCCUCCCUCAGCUUUGAGCCUUCAGACGGUGAGAGUGAAGCUGGAGAAGAGAGCCAGUGAGUCAGAGUCCUGUCCUGGACUCCCCCCCACAGGGGGCUCCUGCUCGUCCAAACCUGCAGGUGUCCCCACCACCCCCACGUCUUGCAUCAGCCCUAAGGCCAGUCCCCGAGACAGCCGGAAGGACAGCAGAGACUCCACGAUGUCGGGUGGUGCUGUUGACGUGGACCCUCUCCAGCUGCUCCCUGGCCUCCGAGGCUCGACCGGGGCCAAAGUGAGCAGUGAAGAUUCAGCCGCCCAGAGCCUGCCCCCUCUGCAGGCACUGUCCCCCCAGAUGCACUCCCCCUCCCCUCAGCUCAAACUCCCGUCCCCCUCCCAGGUGCAGCCCACUGAGGCUAGCACCCCUCGCAGUGUAGGUGUGAAGAGAGAGCCCCCAGGCACACCCAACAGAGGAUUGAGUGAUGGUGGCCCUGCGUCUGGCUGCAGUCUUCAGACUCAGACAUCGUUUGACUUCUGCAAUCCCCAAACCCCAACCCAGAGCCAGAGGGACCCUUUCCUCACCCCCAAAGACAGCAGCCCCUUUCCUGAGCAGGACAUCUUCAGCUCAAGCACUGGCCUAUCCAAGAUGGAUGUGGCAGACUCCCAAUUUCAGCCGCUAGCCCUGUCGGACACUUUGCCUUUUGAUGUUCUGGGAAACCCUUUACAAGCUCCUCUGGCAUCACCACAGAGUAAAUAGGCUCUAUUCUUAUCACAACAGUGUGUGCCCUGUACACUGGAUGACGUGCUUGGGCCUCCCACCACACCUGAGGCGCGCAGUGAUGAGAAGGCUCUGCUGGAGCAGCUGGUGUCCUUCCUCAGCGGGACGGACGAGAGCGAACUGGCUGAGCUGGACAAAGCCCUGGGGAUCGACAAACUUGUACAGGGUGGCUGUUUCGACCCUCUGCCCCAGACGUUCCCCACACAGCAGCCCACUGCCACCCCUGUGUCCCUGGACCCCAAACUGCCCUCAUACCCCUCACAGUUCACACCAGCUCCUCAGUUUGCUCCAGAGAUGGCAGCCGUGGGAACUCCAGUCCUGUGUUUUGGGAACCCUCGUGGGGGAUUCCCGGGUGGGACAGCCUCUCUGGGCCUGAGACAGCCCAUGAACAGAGCCCCAGGGCUGGGCACGCAGCUCAGACAGCCCCCCAACCAGCUCCGGCUCCAGCUGCAGCAGAGGCUACAAGGCCCACAACAGAUGCAAAACCGGAUGGCUGGUUUGAACCAGUUUCCUGCUGGAGCUCAACAUGUGAAUAUUGGGAUUCGACAAGGAGUCCAGCCACCGCAGAUGGCUUCACAACAGCCUCCCCUGAAUGCCCAGAUGGUGGCGCAGCGCCAACGGGAGCUCUACAGUAACCAGCACCGGCAGAGACAGCUGUUUCAGCAGAAGGUCCUGAUGAUGAGACAGAGCAUGGCCGCUCCCACUGGAGGGGUGGGGCCCAUCGCAGCAGUAAGGGUCCCAAAAGGAGCCCCCGUCACCCCUCAGCAGCCCCCACAGCAGCCUCAGCAGUUCACCUUCCCACAAGGGUACAGCCCCCUGACUGGGAACCCCCCUACCUCACCCAGUAACUUCAGCCCCAUGGCGGCUGGACCUCUGGACAACAAGCUGACUGCUCGAGUCCCGCUGAGCAACCAGACGCUGCUAGGCGGAGUCUCGGGACAGUUCAACAACAACAACGUUAACACAAUGCAGACAGGACUGUUCCAGCAGUUUGGAGGGAAUUCUUUAGUCCAGCCAGACCCAGCAUUCCCUCCUGAGAUGAGCCCUACCAGCCCACUAUUAUCUCCUCAAAACUCCACUUCCCAGAGUCCUCUACUGCAGCAAGUCCCACCUCCCAGCUACCAGUCUCCAGACAUGAAGAGCUGGCAGCAGACUGCCAUCAACAGCAACAGUCUGUUCAGCCCGUCCGGCCCGGGUGCAGGGCAGAGCUUCAGCCAGCAAGAGGUAUACAACAACAUGAGCAUCACCGUGUCUAUGGCUGGGGGCUCUGGGGGCGUGGCCUCUGUGCCUUCUAUGGGGCAGCCCAUCGCCAUGAGCAACAACAAUCUCAGCACCAUUGGCCCAGUGUGCAGCGACCAGCAGGUUACGGUUGUCCCGCAGGUGCAGCAGGUGCAGCAGGUGCAGCAGGUGCAGGUGUUCGCAGACGUCCAGUGCACAGUGAACCUGGUGGGCAGUGACUCCUAUCUGACUCAAGGCUCCAUGGUGGGGGGCGGGGCCUCUCAGAAGGGGGCCGUCCCACAGGCCUCCCAGAAUAACCAGGCCCAACAGAAGAGCCUCCUCCAACAGCUGCUGACCGAGUGACCCCUCAGCAUUGACCUCUGACCUCUCCUGCUCCCUCUAGUACUUCUCACUGUUUUUUGGGGAGGGCAGAUUCGGGGGUGAGAAGAUUUUGGGGCCUGCGUGCUUUGUACCGCCCACUAACUUUGUCAACAGAAGGAGUCAGGAAGAGCAGCGGCGCAUUUGAACCUGCCUGUCGAAUCUGUCUGACAACCUGUCUGUCUGCCUCAGCCUAUUUUAAAGGCAGUGUUGUCUUGCUGCUCAUUCCCCCUCAGUGACCUACACUUCCUGCUUCCUGACCCAAGAGAAAAACGUCAGAAUUGUACAUUUGCCAAGUUGUCGUCACUGUUAAAUCAGGGCCGGCCUCCUCUUUUUGAUGUUUUUUUUUAAAUUCUUAUUAUUUCUACGGGGGAACGGUUUUUGGAAAGCAGUGCGCCUUGGGAGUAUGGCACACAGCUGAGUUCAUUUGACCCGCGCCACAGCACCUCUGGCUUUUGUGUUCAUUUUGUGUUGUCUCGUGUCGUCACUUCCUCUGCCCGUCUCAGCGAUGUGGGAAUGUUCAUGGUUACACACUCUGGCAUUGUUCGGAUAGCGGCUCCGUUUCAGCAGGUCUGGGACUGUGUAAGUGUCUAUCUAGUGCCUGGUGGAAGCGCGGGUUCCUCCUACAACUCGGCUUCCUCUACUACAACAUAGUCUAUUUUGAGUUAAUAUUUUUAAAACUUUUUCUCAUUUUUUUGGUUGGAUUUUGUUUGUUUAAAAAAAAUACUUCUGCGCUCUCUACCUUUAUCAAGCUCCUCAUCACCAGAAACAAGAAAAACAGAUUGGUGGAUUGGUGUGUGGAUGGGAGACAGAUGGGAUGCUGCUCAAUUUUCUUUUAGAUAUUUGUGUUUAUUUUCAAACUAUAAAUAAGACUGUUAUGAUUAUUUAACUGUCUGUCCGUCACAUUUUAGCCCUCAACCUCAGCAGCUGUGAAUUAUUACGGGGCCGUAUUUUGGGUUCCACUAUUUCUCUGUGUAUCUCAUUGCUAUCUCUUUGGCCUAUCAGUGUUUUUGCCAUGUGCACCAUGCAGGCGGGUAGUAUUGUACAGUACAGAAGAACAAAGACUUAGGGAUGAACUAGUCUCGCUGUCCUUCAAAAAAAAUAACCGAUUGAAUUCUCAAAACUGUGUAUAUUAUGAUUCGAUCCAGUUUUUAGCAUUCUCUUGUAAAAAAAAAAAAAAAAAAAUCGAAUCACUUUUGGAAUGAUAUUGUAAAAAAAAAAUGUUACAGCGGAGGAGGGAGAUUUUAAUAUGAAAUGUGAAGAGAGAUUCAAAAAUGGCUCCCUAAAACUCAAUGGUUGGAUUUGCUUUGCUUCCUCUUUCGUGGGAGUUAGUUAGCCAUCUUGCAUUUCUUUUUUCUUUAUUUUUAAUUCUAUGAUGCUUUUAAGAGACAGUUUUCCGAGAAUGUUUGUAACCAUUGUAUAAACAAAUGCUAAGGCGUGGACGAUGCGGGGUCUAGUGUCCUAAGCACUGUACUCUGCAAAACAACGCGCUUUCUUUCGGAUGUUUUUCCUAUAUAUUGACAUUUAAGUAGAGCCUUUAGAGAUAGAAGUUCUUAUAAAAAAAUAUAUGAUGGAUAAUUAAUAAUGAAAUUGAUUUUGGGGAAAAAAAAUCUAAAGGAUAAAGAAACAAAAUCAGCCAAUAUAUUUUAGGGGGCGGAGGGGAUUUCGGCUUAUCCUCUAGGUCUGCUAUGUUGACUUCACUCCACUGGCUUCAGUUCUGUGGACUACUGUUGCUCAGUCAGACACUGUCUCUCCACAAAGACAAACCUCUAUAAUAAAGACCCCACAUCAGGAGAACACAAGGACAUUUACACAAACAUUUAACUUAUGUAACCUAUGGCCCAUGGCACUAUGUCAAUCAGUGCUUAUGAUUGUUCACAUUUCCCUUGUGUAACCAAAUCUUAAACUCUCACUUACAACCCCAAAUCUGAACGGAAAUUGAGACACAAAUGUAAAUAAAGAUGGAUAAAUAGAUCUUAAAUUGUAUUAAUCAUUUAAAAUAAGAUUUACAAAAUAGCAUUUCAUUUCAUGCUACACCACCCUGAAUUGGGCACGAGGAAAUUGGCCUGAAUAACUCUACUAAUCCAGCUUGGUUGUCUUCUCCUUCAUGUAGUGUGGUGUUGUCUUGCUGCUGUCAAAUCUGAAUUAAGCUUUUGUUAACUAAAUAUAAUUAUCUGUUUUUAUUUACAUUUUAAUGUCUUAAUGAAUUGGGUUGUACUGAAAGGGCGACAAAGGAAAGAAAUUGGAAUGGAAUUUGCAAACCUCCUCAAAUUUGCAAUGAUAAAUAUUGUAAAUGUCCACAAUAAUGACCUUUGCCCCCUCUGCCUCCUGUUCUGCGGUUAACAUGCUUUUCUUCUUUCCAAACUCUGUCCCAAACUGGCUGAGACGAACCGGUGCGAGCGCUGCAGCUACUACCUCAAAAGCAGGGAUUUGACCUGAGUCCCUCAACGCGAACCUCAAAUGUUCAGAUCUAGUCUUUGCAGCAGACGCACACUAAAUUCUAUCAUCUUUAACCUGCAUUUUGUCACCCCUGGCAACAGUGUACACAGGCUAUGUUCUCCCGGCCGACCCUCGAUGGACUAGGGCUUCUUUCUGUCUUUUCCGUACAACACACAAGCCUCCAUAUGCAACAGAUGAAAGGUCUACAUUCCACCGUCAUCCAUGUGACAACCACUUUGUGUUUUCAGCCAGAUGGCAGUUCUGUCAAGCUCAAAACCCAAACAGUGUCGCAGGAGUCCAGCACGCAAUUGGACGUAUCGCGCCCAAAGCGGAGAAUAACCUGUGGAGGUAUUUUUCGCAGGUUUUGGAGCACCUUUUGAUCACCCCGUUGUUGUUGUUUUGUUUUGUUUUUUUAAUGGAAAGCACUUCUUGCAGCCGAAAGAGCUGACUGCCAAGCACUUAGAUAGAGUUGAAUGUGGGUGCAGCAGUGACGCCCAGUUAUAAAGCUUCCCUCUACCUCAAAAUGGGCGUUCAUUGUUGUAUCCAACAUGAAACUAAGAAAGACCGUUUGUAUUCCACUUUGUCGACAUAAAUACAAGUCAUACACAAGAAGAAACCUGGAUCAAAGUCCUUAGAGAAAAUUGGUUGCCACAUAUCAUGUACUGGACAUUUUGUGGAGACUGGCAGAUGGUCCUGUGUCACUGUUUGGUCCACACCUAUACACAAAGUGGUCAGAAGUAUUUUUCGAAGGAUUUUUGUCCAUGUCAGCCUCGUCGCCCCCUGACCCCCACCCCUCUCUGUUCGGGACUGUCAUUCCUAUGGAACAGGUUUUCUCUCAACCCUCGGUGUCACCUGCUACAACAUGCCAAAUACAAGCGCUGCAUACUGAGACUUUAGUUUAUUUUUAUGCAACAGCCAUUGACAGGAACACCCCCUCCCCCCAUCCUCCUCACUAUGACGAACAGGUACAAGGUUCGCUUCUUUUAUAACUUUCAAAAUGUAAACAUAAUGUAUAUAACAGAGAAAUGUGAAUAUGUAUUUGUUCAGAAUCAACAAAAAACUAGUGCUCCGAGUUUGUGGUAAAUAACUACUCGCCUCCGUCAUGUUUUUAUUUGGAUGUUUUGAUUUUCUACUUUUUUAUUUUUCUGCAGAUGUAUGUAUGUAUAUGACUAUCAGUGGGCGUGUGUGUGUGUGUAAGUGAUUAAUACUGUAUAUCUGGUGUUCUCCAAGAUGGAAACGUGGACAAUGUCCCACUUUGAUUUUCUGUUCUUCUUCGACUCUAUGGACCCUGCACAGUACCUGUGGCUGUUCAGAAAACUAUGCCAGAGAAUGGUUUAGCGACUGCUGAAUGUGAUUUUACUGAGAAAGAGGCAGUGUGGACUGGCUUUUUGUACGGGUUAAUUUAAAAAAGGCCAUAUUAUUUAAUUUUCUGUUGUCAAACGUUUAAGGCAGACAUGGGAGAGUGGAGCCUUGGUUUUGGGGAGAAGCAUUGCCUCAGACGUUGAAUGGGAGAAGGUUAAAUGUAGUUUGUGUGGGACUGGCUGACUCAUGUAGCCUUUUUGCAUUUGUCAAUAGUAAAUGACCAAAGCUUUGAGAUUUCAGAUGGUAUCAUAUGCAAACUCCUCAUCCCUGGACAGGACAUAAUGUAGCGACUCUGCUUUAGUCUUCACUUUGCAUGUGGGUUUCCUCCGUCCUCUGUGUUCUUCGUCUGUAUCAUGUACCAUGGCUCUCAUAGUACUCCUAGUACUUCUAAUACUCACAGGUCUCCACGUUGCCAAGAGGUCUUUAGCGCCUAAAGUGCUAUCUCACGUUUACAGUAAGAAAAAAACAACCGUUAGCUAUGCACCUUAAACUGAACAGCAUUUCGUUUUGUACAGAUCACCUUCUAUAAACCCGGUAACAGCCUUUAACCACAACACUCUCCAUUACUUGCUACCAAACUUAAGGUGCCUCUUGUAUAUACUUUCUGCAAUGACCUUGUUAAACCAGGGUUUUUUAAAUAAGCAUUUUUUCACAUUUAUAAAUAUAAAAAAAUAAUUGUAUUUUAAAAUGACUUUUUUACUCAAGAUUAAUCAAAUUAUUCCAGGAAUUUGCAAAUACAAUCUAAUUUUGCACUUUAUCUUAGAUUUACCCAGAGAGAAAUGGCCAUCAGCAAAUCAGAAUAUUAGAUAAAUAAUUAGUAACUCAUCAUUACCCUGAAUGUACACACAAGUUAGAAACAGGAACUGGAUUGUGUCCAUAUACACAAGACUUUGACUGUUUCUGUGACAGUUUCUCACUCUUUACUGGUCCAUCCUCAGUGUGAAUCAAGUCUGUAUGUAAUUCUGGACAAAGGGAUUAGCAGCAGUAGAUAUCAAGUCCCAAAGAGCGCAAUACCUUCACUGUCCACCAGGCAGAGAACCCAGUAAGAAGAAAGAUGCAGUCUUGUCAAAUAGAAC